AAAGUUAAAAACACAAUAUAAAAGGGGGGAGGAAAGAGGCGCAAAUCUUAGAAACAUUCAAACUCACACACAAACAACAAAGGGAGUGCAUGUUUGACAUGAGUCAAAGACUUGAAGCUCCACAUAGUCACUUUCCCCCUUUGUUCUUUUGUCUUUCGCACUACUACUGAAUCGGUUUCGGUUACUCGAACACAACACGAGGAAAAACACACACUGAAGCGGAGAAAUCAAGAAUGUAAGAGAACUUACUUGUAUCAGAAACGCGCCCCUUCGAUUUCUCCGAGGUACCAAUCUGUUUUUAACAGACACCCUUUUUGCAGAAAGCUAUGAAUCCUAGUAAAGUUGAAGCGGAUGAUAUGUUUCAUCAAAUGUUGGUGGAUCAAUCUCAGCCGUCAAUUCUUCCGGAGGAGGAAGAUGAACCGUUCUUUUCUGAUAUCGGAUUCUUUCGGGACGACGACGAUGAUGAUACUAGUCAUACUUCCUCCGACCCCGAUCACCAUAAUCAUCAUCAUCAACCGUUGAUUCUGUCGUUGCCCCAAUUGGAGCAGCAGCAGAACGACGUCGUUUCGGUGAACCCUAACCCUAACCCUGAUUUGGGUUCGGGAAAGGGGCAGAAAAACAAGGCGGUGAAGCGACAUCGGCAUGCGGCGGCGGGGAAUAUCAACCCGGAAGCCCACAUUUCAUCUCAAUUCUACACUUUCAAUAAGGAAUCUCAUGCGAUGAUGAUACGGUGCCUUCUCGAAGGGCGAAUGGCGACGCCGGAUGAAAUCCGAUGUGUGACGCCGUCGACGGUGCUCCAAAGCUGGCGGUUGGUGUGGAAGGACCGGAAUGAAGAUACGGCGUACCUGACGGCGUGGAAGCGUAUCCAGGACAAGCUUAUCGUGAAUUUCGACCCGCCGAAUGGUAAUCAAUUACUCUGUUUUAAGAAUAAUUCGAAUCAAUGUGUUUCCCAUGUCGAUCAAUGGCGUGAUAUAGUCACAAGUUUUCACUGUGAUGCCGACUUAAAACACUUGGGAUUGAAAGAAACUAUAGAAAGAAUUAAGCAGGUUUGGACUGUAGGUGCUAAGUUUUAUGGAAUACCUGAGAGUUAUAUUAGGGUUUGUGUGGAGGUUUGCCCGGUGUGCUCAGAGUCUGCGCCGAGGUCUAAGAGGCGUAGGUUUGAGUAUACUGAAUCAUUUGAGGUACCAGCUAAGGAAGUGCCUGCUAGGUUGCAGCAAUUAGCCAAAAAGUAUAAAGUGGUGUUGUGCAUUAGGCAGAAGUAUGUUAGGUACAAGCCAUUUAUAGCUGAGGUUAAAGAUUACGCGUGUCAUCGAGCAGGAGAGCCUGCAUCCUCGAAGAAAUCGCGGAUUUUAAAAAGGGAGCCUUACGCGUCAAAACGCUGUGGCUGUGGGUUUCGUAUCAGGGCGAUAGUUCCAAUAUCAAAUUAUAAUGAGAAAAAUAAGACAUUUGUCUAUCAGGAGGAAGGGACAGCAAUAUUUAAGUUGUAUGCGGUGCACUCGGGGCAUGAACCUGGCGCUUCGGAUGGUAACGCAAGAAUAAUGCACCGAGUGGUUGGGUAUAAAGGAGGGUUCUUGAUGGAUCAGGAUACCGUGUAUGGGAUGGGUGAUGAAGCAGAAAAUGAAGAUUUUGGGUUCCUUGGGAAGGAUGGUGGAGAUCUGCAACAUUCUAUUUUGCAGCAAAUACAGGAAGCAAGGAAUGAGAUUGGGCUACUUGAAGGCCAGAUUGGGAAAGUUCCUCAUGAGUUAUUGUGCUCGGUGUCUCGUGAAUUGUUUGAUUUUGUGAAUAAGCUUAGGAAUGUCAGAGAAUAUGGAUCAAAGCCAGUUGGAUUAUUCUCAGAUAAGCCGACCUCGGAUGAUCUAUUGGUAGGAGAAAAUGAUUUGGCAGAUUGGGGUGUUCAUAAUCAUGCCAUUUAUGAGGAUGGCAAGGAUGCGGAUCUUAUUGAGGAUGAUGAAGACAGCUUUGGGAGAACGCUUGGGGAGGUUGCAUCUUGGGAUCAGAUAAGGUCAGAUUGUAGGAAUGAGAAAGAUCUGCUGGGUGAGUCUUGUAAAUCAGAGAAACCUUUGGAGUGCAGCGAAUUUGAUCAGAAGGGCAUUCUUGACUGUGGGAGUUCUAAAUUGACCAAGCCCUUGAGGCAUGAUGAGAGUAUAGAUACAGAUGUAGGUUUCGUUGUAGAGAACUUCUACCCAGAGAACCCUAAAUGGUUUGAUUCAUCCUGUGAACUGGACUCUGGCGCAGAUUGUGUUGACAGCGCAUUCAAGCCUGGGGAGAUUGUGUAGAGAUCUUACAGCUGGUGACCCACUCUAACUUAAUUACAGUCCUUUUUGUUCCAUUUUUCAGACUAAAAUGUUAGAAGUGGGUUGUAUAUUUGUGUAAGCAAAAGGUUGAAACAUCUAACAGCCUUUUUGUCGUCUUUGCUGUUGUAAUUCUGUAAAGUACAGCCUGUGGGCUUCUUUGCACAUACAUUAGAUAGGUAAACUUAAACUUGGUUUCCAUAUCUGAGUUGGUGAUUGCCUUUUGUUAUCUUGCAUUUAU